UGAGUGGUAGUCUGAGCAUUCUUUGGCAUUGCCUUUGGGAUUGGAAUGAAAACUGACCUUUUCCAGUGAAGUCAGUCAAAAUCAAUGAACAAUAUCAUAAGCUAUCCCAUGAAUCUGAAAUGCACAUCGUGAAUACAUACAGGAAAUGACACAGAAACGGAAAAACUUCUGAUUAACAAAGGAGAAUGAAUGGGCCGAGGGAUCCACUAUGCAAGUGGAGAUGAAGAAACAAACCAUGACAUAUACUGUAGAUAAUCAACCAGGACCUACAGACACGAAGCCGAUUCUGACAAGACUCAGCAAUAACAUACUUGAGAAAAGAAUCAGUGAGUAGUUCAGCAGCUGUCUCGUGGAACUGUGAAACUGAGAAAGACUCUGGAGUCCCACAGUACCAUAUACCAAUGUUACUCCAACUCUUGGGGGAGGGGGGAGGCAUAAAACAGAGGAACCAGACCCAGGCAUUUGGUGUUCAGUGUGGCACAUUACACCAUCCUUCAUAAUCCCAAAACAUGAUUUCAGAAGCUUGACUGCUUUAGAAACCAGAGCCAGGGACGAAGAAAUCCUUCUGCCUUCUAGCCCUAUGGCCCAACAACAACCUGAACAAUACUGAUUCUCAGAACUUAAUAUUCAUGAGGGCUACUGAGCUUGAAAUAAUACCUGUCCCAACAUUUCAAGGGAUUAGUCAUGGAAAAGAAUUACAAACAGGGGAAAGUAGGAAGAAGAAAUGAUCACCAGGCAACUGCCACUCCCACCAUUUAAAGAAACCAAAAAUAACACCUAAAAUGAUGUUGAGGAUGGCGACUUAUUAGAGACAUUCAAAGCAAACUGGGAGGAGGGGUCACAGGCCCCACUGAAACAGCCAUCAUCAGAACAUCAACAGAGGCGAAAAGCUAAGAGAGGUGAAGGGAGGGGAACCCUCCCAGGGUGUAGUGGGGAAGACAAUGGGAUGCAGGGGCCUUUAAAAGAAAUUCAGACAAUGAGCUACCGUAUGACUGGGCAGCCCCCCUCUUCGGAGUGUAUGGUUUGAAAACAAAAAUUCCAGAGGACCCAUGCACUGCAGCAGGCACCACAGCAGUGUUUAUAAUAUCCCGAAAUCGGGAGGAAACAAGUUGGGCAUGGCCAGAUGAAUGGAGACAGAAGUGAUGCACACACAAGAGGGAAUCUGUUGUGGCAGGUGAAAAGAAGGACACAAUGCUAUCCACAGGAACUUCUGCACCUAACAAUGACCUCAGGGAGGUCAGCAAGACGAACACUGACAUAGCACACUAUCACUUACAGGUGAAAUGGAGAGACAUCCACACCCACCAAUGACUGCGUUCCAAAAGUGAAAGUGACACACAGACUUAGAACACAAAACGGAUGGUUGUCAACAGUGGAAAAGGGGGGCUGCGGAUAUAGAGGAGACAGCUGGGAGAGACUCAUACCCACCAAUACAGAGAAAACAGGGAUUCAACAGGGCCCUCCUGCAGAGCAAGGGUGGUGAACCAGGCACUCUGGAAUAACCUACAGGGCCAAAGAGCCAAGGGGAAGACACAUGUAGGUGGGGAUGAGGGAAGAUGCUGUACACCUGCAGCCAACAGGGCACUAGAAACGAGCAUCGUCCCAUCACAAGAACUGUGUGUCCCACGUGAGAAAAAUGAGACACAAGUUCCUGGGGGGCAGACCCACCUCUAGGGGCAUAUUUGCAGAAACCCAGCUUUCAAAGAGACAAAUGACCCACAUGGGCCACGAGCACCACUUAUGACAGAGGACGUGGCAGCACACGAAGCGUCCACGGAGAGAUGAAUGCAGAAAGAAGCCAUCUAGGAAGAUGAUGGAGGAUGACAGCCAUGCAAAAGAAUGAGAGCAUGCCCUCUACAGGAACAUCGCAAAAUCCACUGAGUGAAGUCAGAUCAGAAAGAACACUGUCAGAAGCAAUCCAUGUAUCUAAAAAUGCACACCGUCAAUUGGUUCAAGAAAGAACCAAUAAACAGACUGAGCCACAGAAAAACAAGCUUCUGAUUCCCAGCGGAGAAUGAAGCGGGCCAGGAAUAAAUUAGGACGUUGAGAUGAACAGUAUCAAACUGUCACACAUACAGUAGCUAAUAGACAAGCACUUAGGCACGUCUGGCCAGUUCUCUCAACACUUGGUAACGACCGACAUGAGAACAGAGUCGAAAGAUGAGUUGCUGUCUCUGUAUGUGAAGCAGAUAAGGACUCUGGACACACAAUAUUGUACCAAGGCCCCUCCCAUCCCAGUUAAAAAGUCACUGAACAAAACAGACCAAAUGAGACCCAGUCAUUUGGUAUUUCUUGUGGCACACUCCACUGUUGGGAAGCAUAGUACAAAAUAGCGGUAAAAGGAGAAAGUCCUUGGGAAAAUGGCAAAGGGCCAGAAGUACCCGGCUUUGUACUGCGGACAGAAAAACAUCUCCUGCCUUUGGUUAUGCUCGGCGCCAAGAUUUAAUAAUAAAUGUGGAUGUUACUUGAGAAAACGGGUUGUGGGAUAAGCACAUGAGUCACUUAGAACAUGCUGUCCUUGAAAUGUUUUUACUGAUUAUGUGUUAACCCCGUAUGUGCGCUGCUGGCUGUAUACUUUAAGCUUUUUGUUCCUGCUUCUAUAAAAAGGCUUGACUGCAGAAAUAAAUUUGUCAGUCCUUGCAAGAGACUGUCCGAGUGUCCUUCUUUCAGGUUCGUCGCUUCCAAGUCCCAGGGAGAAAAUCCCCAAGUGGCGCCAUGAACAGGGACUUGAAAGGAAGGCUGAACAAAGCGACAAGUCCCUGCAGAAAGAGGUGUGCCACAGAGACCAUGCCAGUUGUUCGGGUGUUGCGGCGGGUUGCCUGCUGGAUGCUGCAGAGCCCAGCCUGUGGCUGCCGGGCUCCUGUCCUACCCAGUCGGUUUCUGGGGACCUCUCCUCGGCAGAUUCCAAUGGAUGCCAACUUCCACUCCACUUCAUUCUCAGAAGCAGACCAGCAACGUGUCUUAAUUACAGGGGGUCUUGGCCAGCUUGGAGUGGGUCUUGCUAGCUUUCUGAGGAAACGAUUCGGGAAGGACAAUGUGAUUCUAUCUGACAUUCGGAAGCCCCCGGAACACGUCUUCCUUAGUGGCCCGUUUAUUUAUUCCGACAUCCUGGAUUACAAGAAUCUUAGGGAGAUUGUGGUGAACAACCGCAUCACGUGGCUGUUCCAUUACAGCGCCCUGCUCAGCGCAGUGGGAGAAGCAAAUGUGUCCCUGGCCAGAGCCGUGAACAUCACUGGACUGCACAAUGUCCUGGACGUUGCCGCAGAGCACGGUCUGCGAUUGUUUGUGCCGAGCACCAUCGGGGCGUUUGGACCUACUUCUCCACGGAACCCAACACCUGACCUCUGCAUCCAGAGACCCAGGACCAUCUACGGGGUGUCCAAGGUCCACGCUGAGCUUAUGGGCGAGUAUUAUUAUUACCGGUAUGGAUUAGAUUUCCGAUGCCUGAGAUAUCCCGGAAUCAUUUCUGCUGACUCCCAGCCUGGAGGAGGAACAACUGACUAUGCGGUCCAGAUUUUCCAUGAAGCUGUCAAGAAUGGCAGAUUUGAGUGCAACCUGAAACCUGACACGAGGCUCCCAAUGAUGUACAUUGACGACUGCCUCCGGGCCACCCUGGAGGUCAUGGAGGCCCCAGCAGAGUCCCUGUCCAUGAGAACCUACAACAUCAGUGCCAUGAGCUUCACCCCCGCAGAGCUGGCCCAGGAGGUGCUCAAGCAUGUCCCAGAGCUCCAGGUCACCUACAAUGUGGAUCCUGUCCGACAGGCCAUAGCGGAUAGUUGGCCAAUGAACUUUGAUGAUAGCAACGCUCGGAAGGACUGGGGAUGGAAACACGAUUUUGACCUCCCAGAGCUGGUGACCACGAUGUUGAACUUCCACGGUUCUGAGAGCAGAGUUGCCCAGGCUAACUGAAGGGGCCGGAGGAAGAGCUCAUGAGUCCUGGGUGGCUGUCUAGGGAAAGCUAUAACAACCCUGAGGUUCCAGACCCCAAGGAAUCUAGAUGACGUGGGGCUGAAGGACUAAUUGGAUUGAAUUUUCGCAGCUCAUAUUGAACUGCCACAUGGAGAAAUGACUUGGCUUUAGCGUCUUCUCAAUGCUGUAGGUUUGGUGGUAGCCCUUCUGAAUCUUUGCUGUUUGCCUAAACUUGUCCAAAUCACAGAAUGAAGACUUAAGUCACAAUCAUUUCCGUUUCCUUAAUUAAGAUGAAGUGACCACUUCCGGGAAGAUAUGUGACAUUUGUAUUAAAUUAAACUUAAUUUAAAUAUCA